UGCGUCCUGGUCCUUGCUCUUAUCCUAUCCUCCUGCCUCCUGCGUUCCGCUUCUUCUCUCUCUUUCCCCCUUCUUCUGUGAUUCUCUCAUACAAGCUGUGUUCCUGUCCCUGUUCUUGGACGGACACACAUAUCCAAUCCACCCGAGAUUUCCUCAAUUUACUCCAGACACACACUGGCAACGCCCGGACCGUCGAAUCUCGCGGCUCAGGCGACAUGCCUACGGCGGUGGCGGAGGUGCGGCCGGCCUUCGGUUUCCCCAGAUCCGGGAAGGGGAGCGGCGGCGGGCAUGAGAAGGAGGAGGCGGUCGGGAAGAGGAGAAGCGACGGGUUCUUCAUAGAGGAGGUCCAGGAGGAGGCGGAGGAAGAGGUGCUGACCGAUACCUCGUCGAUCGGGGCGCCGUCGCCGUCGGGCUCGUCGAUCGGUGAGAACUCGUCGUCGGAGGCCGGCGAGGACGACGGGGAGGAGGAAGUCGAGAGCAAGCUCAAGGAUGGUGAUGCGCUCGGUUGCUUGGAUGCGCUCGAGGACUCCUUGCCUAUCAAGAAGGGCCUCUCGAGCUUCUACUCCGGCAAGUCCAAGUCGUUCACCAGCCUGGCGGAGGCCACGUCGACGGUGGCGGCGGCCAAGGAGCUGCUGGCCAAGCCGGAGAACCCAUUCAACAAGCGGCGCCGCAUCCUGGCCAACUGGUCCAGGCGAGCCUCCUGCAGCUCGCUGGCCACGGCCACCUACCUGCCUCCGCUCCUGGGCCCCGACCACGCCGUCGCCGAGGGGGACGAGGGCGAGGAGGACGACUCCGACGACGACGUGGAAUACAGCCAGCUGCCGCACCGCGGCAAGAACGUCAGGGACGCACCGGCAUUGCCACUGCCGCCCACCAGGCUCGGCGGCGUUGGCAUGCAUAGGAGGAAUGGCCUUGGGAGCUUCAGAUCUCCGAGGUCCUUCUCACUGUCUGAUCUCCACAAUAGCAGCAGUACUGAUGGUAGUGAUUAGCAGCCGCAGGUUUGCUUCCAGCUUUGGCCUAGCCUCUUGGCCAGUAGAGAUGUAGUAUCCACUUACUAUAAUAUGGUUCCGGUGUAUAAGAUCCAAGUUUGUUGUGUUCAUCCUCCUAGCCUCCUGGCUUUCUUUGACCUCAGAACAAGUGCUUCGACUGACCUAACAACCUGGGGGUAUCAUUAACAAAUGAUGAUCAUGGUGGUUAGCUGCCUGCCUUUGAUUCA